CAUGUAUCCCAAUUCGAGAUGUCGGCGCUAAAGAAGAGGAAGUUGAACGGUCCGUCGCUGGGAGCCGCGGCGCCGAAGAUAAAGUCCGCGAAACCGUCCACAUAUCCUGGGAAGGUUGCGAAACCGGCCUCGAAACCAACUGCAAAACCUACCGAAUCGCCGAAACCCGUGGAAUCCGAAGCCAGCGAGGAUGAGGAGGACGAGGAUGAUGACGGGGAGGAAGUUAAUAAUGCAGGAUCCGGUGAAGAGGCGGAGCAGGCACAAAAUGGUAGCAACGGAGGAGAAGUGGGCAGGAAAACAUUUGCCGAUUUGGGAGUUAUCGAUUCGUUAUGCGAAGCAUGCGAGAAUCUAAAGUUCAAAUAUCCUACACCGAUCCAGGAGCAGGCCAUACCGCUCGCUCUUGAGGGGAGAGAUAUUAUUGGUCUUGCAGAAACGGGAUCUGGCAAAACGGCAGCAUUCGUGCUACCCAUCCUACAAGCUCUCAUGGAGAGGCCGCAAUCGAAUUUCGCUCUCAUCCUGGCGCCGACACGAGAACUUGCAUACCAGAUCUCCGAGCAGGUGGAAGGGUUGGGCUCCAUAAUCAACGUGAAGACGGCUGUCCUGGUCGGUGGAAUGGACAUGGUCUCGCAAGCGAUCACGCUGGGAAAGAAGCCGCACAUAAUUGUAGCAACGCCGGGUCGCCUAUUGGAUCACUUGGAGAACACCAAAGGUUUCUCACUGAAGUAUUUGAAGUACUUGGUUAUGGACGAGGCGGAUCGUCUGCUUGAUCUGGACUUUGGACCCAUCCUUGAUAAGAUCCUCAAGGUUCUUCCCCGUGAAGGACGGCAUACCUAUCUCUUUAGUGCGACUAUGAGCUCAAAAGUGGAGUCGCUACAACGUGCAUCCCUCAGCAACCCCGUUCGCGUCAGCAUCAGCUCUUCCUCACAUCAGAUCGUAUCCUCUCUCCUCCAGCGACUGAUAAUCCUACCUUACAAACACAAAGACAUCUACCUCAUCCACAUCCUCAACGACAACAUCGGCCACUCCGUCAUCAUCUUCACGCGCACCGUCAACGAAACCCAACGCAUCGCCAUCCUGCUCCGCACCUUGGGCUUCGGCGCCAUCCCUCUCCACGGCCAACUCUCGCAAUCCGCCCGGUUGGGCGCUCUGUCCAAGUUCAAAUCCCGCUCGCGCGACAUCCUCGUCGCAACGGACGUGGCAGCACGCGGUCUCGAUAUUCCCUCGGUCGACCUCGUCAUCAACCUGGACCUGCCGGCCGAAUCGAAAACCUACGUGCACAGGGUUGGGCGUACCGCACGUGCCGGGAAAAGUGGCAAGGCAAUCUCGUUCGUCACGCAGUAUGACGCUCCUAUCUGGCAGCGCAUUGAGAACGCGUUGGGAUACAAGGUCGAGUUGGAAGAUAUCCCGAAGGAUGAGGCGAUGGUGUUGGCCGAGAGGGUUGCGGAGGCGCAGAGGGUGGCUGUGCGGGAAAUGAAGGAUAUUCAUGAGGCGAGGGGGAAGAAGGGCGGUAUGAGGGCGAAGAGAGGGAAGAGGAGUAGGGAUGAGAUGGAUCGCGAGGAAGGCUGAAGUAAUGCUCACGUGUUGUAAGAUGGAAUAGCAAAUAAUGAUUUUCAAACCUCCAUAUGGCCUGUAGAGUAUCGAUUGAGAGCAGCGUCAGUGGCGUAACACUAAACGCCACCCGUAAC